CCGAUCCACGCAAACAUAAAUCGGUCCUCUUCUCUUGGUGCUAGCUAACAACGACAUGGCAGGGUUGACUUCUGGAUGCUUGUCCAGCAGGGACAGACGGAUGGUGAUGGUGUAUGACUGUAUGAGUGGGCCAGCAUACAAGGGAAAGCCAAUGAAUCGCAGACGAUGUCAUCAGAAGGGAUGCGCCGCUGCUGAUAAAGAGGCGCGAGGGAGCGAACGAGAAAGAGAGAACGCGAAUGUCUCUUGAUAGAGGAGUAGCGAGGAAAAACAACAUUACUCAUUUGGGCCCAUCGACGCAAUGAUUGAAUUUAUCAAGUGCCAUAUGGGGAGUGAGCGGUCGGUCGGUUGUAUGGUUGGCUGGAAUCAAUUGGAAAUGGAAGCGGACCAGCAGUAUCGCAUCGAACUCUACCGGAGGCGUACACAGUCGAGAGUGAGCGUCGGAUGUUCGCCGAUUUGACGUGUUUGCAGUGCAGAAGCAACGUUCCGUAGCGGCGGUUCGCGAUUUUAAUGCGGGUUGUUUGCUCGCUCCGUCGAUGGGACGAGAUUUGUGCAACCGGGAGUGACUUUGUGAUUUAAUGUGAUUUUAGCUUUUAACGAGGUCACACACAGGUGGGCGAUAAUUACUGUGCCCGUGAAGUGAUGCUUCCACGAAAAGCUAUUUAAAUUAUGUUCAAAAGUGGGUCGAAAUUAGUGGAAGAAAGCGUGUUCAAGAAAAUUUACGGCUUCUGACGAACGGUAGCGAGAAUUUUUUUUUCGGGAAAACGAACGAACGAAAAAUGAUGGAAAUCAGUGAAGUUCCGCAGCAGCAGCAAUCGCAACUGCCGUUGGAUUUCAGUGUCACAAUGGUUAACAUUAAACUCAACAACGUGAACGUGAAUUUGAACACGAAUAACAAUAGCAUUAGUAUUUUGAACAACAACAACACCAACCAGGGUAGCGGCGGUGGUUUGAACCACAGCGCCGGUGGUGGCCAGCAUGAUGCAAUGGGCACUCUGUUGGCUGCUCAUCAACAGCAUCAACAGCAACAACAGUUACAGAAUGGUGCAGGAAGUUGCAAUGGAAAUGGGAGCAGUAACAAUGCUGCUCUGACCAGUGCGUUCAAGGUGGUGAUGCCAAGAGGGAAGGCCGACGUAGCUGCCAACGGAUUGUCACCGCUGCUGAUCAACAACGAGCUACUCGUGAAUCACUACCGGCGAUUACUACAUCCGGCAGCAGUUUCGCGACUUCCGAACCGAACCAACGGCAGCUACGACGAUGGAGUGGAUGUGCAGAAAGUUAACCGAGAUGAAAUUAAAUUUGGCGUCAGUCGGCUGGUCAAGAACGAGUCGGAAGACGAGGACAACAACAACGUGUAUCACGCGUCGCAGCACAGCCACGUGACGAAUGCAUCCUCCAACGGGUACGAUUCAAGCAGUCUCAGCGUUCGCUCGCGAUCACGCAGCAGAUCGAGAUCCCGGGAUCGUUCGACCCGGUCUCGAUCGUCAUCGAUCGAACUGGAAGUAGACUCUCCCCCGCCGCCACGAAUCAGCAUAUCACCGACGACGGAAAUUCCACACAUACCAAAAAACUCGGAAGCUUUUUCCGUAUCGGCCUUGCUGAAGCGUGAGGACGAACCCAAAUCCAAGUCGCCUUUGUCGAACGGUUCGUUCGAGUGUGUCAGACCCAACUAUAGCCAAUUUUAUGAGCAAAGUUUGCUUAAUCGACCGCUGUUUCAUCCGUUUCCAUUUUUCGCCAUGCUCCAGCAGCAAGGUCACCAAUUGAACCCCGCCUUAAGCAACUAUCACCCUUCAACGCCGGAAGACAUCCUCCGGUUGCGGCAUUUCAUGGCACAAAAUGCAGCAGUUGUGGCCGGUGGGGGCGGGGGUGGAGCGAACGGGCCAUCGAUAGCCCACCUGGACUUUGGCCAUCCCCAUCACCCGCAUCACCUGCUGAUGCGACCAGUACACGCGCGGAGGGCGCACAACGGCAAGCGGCCGUACGCCUGUGAGCUGUGCAACAAGACCUUCGGGCAUGAGAUUAGUUUAAGUCAACAUAGGGCUGUGCAUAGUGUUGAGAAAGUGUUCGAGUGCAAGCAGUGUGGGAAGGCCUUCAAGCGAUCCAGCACCCUGUCGACGCAUCUGUUGAUUCACAGCGACACCCGCCCGUAUCCGUGCGGGUUCUGUGGGAAGCGGUUCCACCAGAAAAGCGACAUGAAGAAGCACACCUACAUCCACACCGGUGAGAAGCCCCACAAAUGCCAGGUCUGUGGUAAAGCGUUCAGCCAAAGCUCCAAUCUGAUUACACACUCGCGGAAGCACACCGGCUACAAACCGUUCCAGUGCGAGCUGUGCCAUAAAGCAUUCCAGCGCAAGGUGGACCUCCGGCGGCACAAGGAAACCCAGCAUACCGAGCUCCGACCGAUGGUCAACUAACCCAAAGCCCUGCCGGAAUUCACCAUCUGUUCCCAGCAGCAGCCACAGCAGCAGCACCACCACCAGCCACCGCCAGUAGUGACGGCUCUGCUAGGGAUCAAUCCCGGCAGUGCGGCACCGGCCAGAAUUGGCGGUCUACUUCUGCAAGGACCGCUGGGACACGAAGGUGGUGAUUUCAUCGUGAUUGACUGAUUUGACACCGACAAGAGAACCGAAACCAAAACACAAAGAAAAAUCAAAAGACGACAUUAUACUGUACAGAGUGUAUUCGAGUUUAGUGUAGACCAAAUCCUAGAUGUUGAAUGUAAAAAGCUGUAUAUAGAUUAGACUAGUGAGCUAGAAGAAUAUUUGGAAAACACACACUUCCUCUUUGUUGAAUUAUAUUUAGGUUGAAAAGCAUUUUCCUUCAAACAUACUGUUCACUACUAGCUAGGCGUAGUUUCUUUUAUUGUCUCAAUUUUAAACCAAACAAUAGGCUUAUCACAGACGAGAAGACGGGAUUGAAACCGUAAUAUUUUCACCAAAACAAACCAUCCUAACCAAAUCAACAACGUUUGUAACGAUCCAAAUUCUACGAUCAUUGUACACAAAUCUCCGAUGAACGACAGUGGAAAAUAAACUUCAAUGUGCAAUUCUCAUAAACUAAAAUUGACAAUCACUCAUUGCAUGCUCUUACUAUCGUUAAUAAAAUUUCACACACGCCCUAAAAUGAAACUAAAAUCCGAAGACAUAUGAUUUAUGGUAGCAAAAAUAUUUACGACAAUUUGCGUGCAGUUCUUCCGCACCCUCGGCCUCGUUCCAAUUAAGCCACAAUAGCCUGUGCCCGCACACUAUUAACAAGAGAAACAGUAAAAUUUUUCCUUCCUCCAUUCCCACCACACCAUUCUGAAUAGAGGAUCCUGUGGUGACCACACUACCAAAUGCACUGACCGGAACGU